UGGUGGAAGCUAACAGGAAAUGCCUAUGCUGCUAUAUUCUAAUGUUGGUCAUCAUGGUGGUACUCAGAGAGAUCACUGUUUUCUCAGAUGGUACAGAGAAGAAAAAGUUUGAGAACCAGUGCUGUAGAAUAACAACACUGUAUCGCUUAAUGAAAUAUUGCGAUAUGUGCUAACAAUGCUUGCGCGCUGCUUCUACAUGUUCUUACACAAAAGGUGUCAGAAUCCCCUCCAACCUUUUUAGUGUGACUGAUACAUUUGCAGAUAUUUGAGGUCCAGUUUUACACUAACGCUACACUACAUUCCCUCAAAUGGCACAGAGAGUUUCCCUCUUACUUUCAUUGCUCUUCUAACACUUGUUCCGGUGAAUCUUUUUAAAUCAAUGGGAGUUCUUUAGUUAUUAAAGCUGGUUUUAGAACCAGUCGUAAGCAGAAAUGGAGAUGUUGGUGCGGAGUUGGAAAUAAUGUGUGACAUUCUUUUCACUCCCCGCCGUGCUUGUCUCUCCCAUCACAGUUCUCUGCACUCUCUGUGUCCAGUAAUGAGUUGUAUUACAUGCUCUGUGGUGGACAGGUCCUGUAUUAGGAGGCUGUAUUAUUAUUUUUUUGUCUUUUGCUGCGAAUAGUGUAGGGAGUUUUCUUUGUGUCUUUGAAAGCACUGGGUUGAAACGUGUGCAGCAAGUGAAGCUGAUGAGGAGAGAGUGAGUCCUGAGAGGAACACUUGGUUGCCUGGCAGGCAGCAUGAAGAGACACUGUGGUGCGUUUCCAUGCACUUGUGCGUCAACACGUAUCUAACAGUGUGUCGGUAAAUGCUCAACGUGUAAUCACUGAGGGAGGAUUUGAGGGAAGUGUGCAGCAGGAUGUGAGUUCCAUAUGACUGUUCAAAAUCCUGUGAAGACUAAAGAUGAUUGGUGUUCUAUGUUUGACUUUAAACGUCACAUUUGUCUGUGCAUGAGUGGCAUCGCAACAAACCCAAAAUGUAAUAUCGCUAAUGAAAAACUGUCUAAAGGUCAAUGAAAAUUUUGUUAAAAAAUACAUAAAAGAAUCCACUUGAAACAAACACUAAUUGGUAAUUAGAGACAAAAUCAUAUUUUAAUUCACUAAUUUAUUUGUUUUAUUUGAUUUACACUUUAAAAGUAUAAUCGGGCAGAAGUAGCCCCAGAUAUUUAAGAGCAUUUAAAGUUUUAUUUGACGAAUGGAGGUCAUUGACCACUAAAACUUAGCACAAACAUCAUCAUCAUUGCUUAAAUACAUAAUAAUGUUAGCCAAAAAAUAGCUGAAAGAGACAAAAUGCUAAAUAUUUACUGCAUUAGUUUUAGAUCAACAAGAUUUUUGUUAAAAUUGACUGUAUCUUAAGUAAACAUACAAACUACAUAUCACUCCAAAGCCGUGGCGGCAAAGAUUUCUUUUUUGUUGUUGCUGCAGUGCAAUUUUUUGUCUUUGUUUUUGUACGUGUGUGCGUGUGUGUGUGCAUGCAGCAUUUCAGCUUUAAUUAAGUAAAGAGAGGAGGUAAAGUGGACAGGAGACACGAUACAGACCAAGCCAACAUGUGCUCCCUCAUUUCUCAGAGCUGGACAAACAGACGGCUCCUGUAUUUUGUGAACAGCCAACAAUUGCGUAGCCGGGGCAGAGAGUCCACACAACUGCCAUAAAGUAGCGUAUCACAAAGUCAGUUGGUGAUUGUUAAAGAUUCGCGGCUGUUCUUCACAAUAACCUGUUUCCGUUCAAGCAUCGUUUUAUCAAUGAACGCUGUUGCAUUCGGAAUUUCUAUGUCAUAACCCUUAAUUAAUCAUUAUAUAAAAAUUAUAUAUAUUUUUUAAAAAAAAUUAAAUUUUAAUUAUAAUCAAAUAUUGAGUUAACCAGUGAUUCCAACCUAAACUAAAUGGUGCGCAGCUAAAGAUUUGUCUUUAGAGAUUUAGAUUUAGAUAAAUUGUCAGGUUUGUCUCUAAACGUCUUUGAAUCAGAUUAGCAAAUCAGUUUAUAUUCAAAGUUUAUCUACAGAAAAUUGGGCUAACAUCCAAAAAGAUCUACAGAAUUACCAAAAGGUGGUCAAGCUAAUUACUGAAAAUUAGUUUGCCAAAAAUAUUGCAAAACAGCCUGUGCAUUUUCAAAUGCUAAUGAAUGCCUGUAAGGUGGUUAAAAUAAAUAAAUAUAAAUGUUAUUACAAGUUUUAAUGGCUCUAAUUUGACCUGGAGACAAAUGUAUGAGCCCUGCCUGCAGUUAAUCGGCCUAGUUAACCCCCAGUUUCAAACAUUGUACCCCGACAGUGUUUAUAUAAUGUGAAUAAAAUUCUUCUCCAGUCUCCUCAUUUAUCACUGAACCUCUUAUUGUGACCCCUAUAAGCGGUGGCGAGGGUCCUGGCUGUGGGCUAACCGAUGUUAUGAGCAGCAUCACAGCUCAGGUCUGACUUCUCUUUGUAGGAAUGUAUUUUCUACUUAGAUGGCAACAAACUGCAUUUGCACUUAAAACAUAUUCUGUAAUCUUCUGUUAUUUUACAUACAAAUUGCAUCCUGGGCAAUGCAUUCAUCACUGCUCAUAUCCAGCCCUUUCUUAAAUGAAAAAUGUAUCUGAGAUGAAUAAUGGAUCCCACCAUAGUAUAAUUUUGUGUUUCUUGAAUAUCGUGGGGAGUCGCUGCUCUGUUUUAUCCGCUAAAUACUCCCCCCGCCCCCCCUGAAUGAUGCCAUAGAUAGGAGGAAAAAUUACUUUUAUACCAGGGUUAUUGUUUACCUGAGGAUUUCCACACUAUCAACUCUCCUCGACACACAUAAUGUGUGGAAAUAUAGUGUAGGAAAAAAGUGUGCUGCCACUGGGAAUCACGGUGCAGGGAUUUCAGGACACUGCACAUUUGAACGGUAAUCAAUCAUGAUCAUGUACCGUACCUUGUAGCUUCUCAUAAAUUUAGUUGGUAGAACAGUUGGGUGUAAUAGGGCUUUAUGCAGAGCUGGUACAUGUGUGUGUGUGUGUGUGGGUGGUGGGUGGUGGGGAGGGGGGCUGGCCGUGUGGCGGUGUUCCCGGGCCCCUCUGUGGUCCAUGGGUGGGCAGUCUUGUGUAAAACCAGGAGAAUUGAGGUUGAGUAUCCGAGCCCUCUGUCUUUAUCUCUAAUUACAUGGUGUGGAUUGGGGAGAUUGGGCAGAACUUUAAAACUCCCACAGAUAGCUCGCUUCCUCCCUCAGCUGUAACACACCAGGGUCUGGUUGUGUGAUGCAGAACCACGUCUGCUGGGGCUCUAAUCCCACCAAAGACAGUCUCCCGGGGGAUUGUUCUCCACUCUUUACAGAGCUCUCCCAGUCUACCACAUUCCAACCCGCCGUUGGCACAGGCAGCCCACUCUGUCGUGCUCUAGUUGCUCUUGUCGGUUUUUGUUGUCCCCAAAGUUUCGGCGCCUGUCCUCGGAGACUUCCUGACACGGAGUCGCAGAUGGAGGGCGGUGGACCGAUGCAGCUGGUGUCACAAUGUGGAUUGGAAUUCACAGUUGGGAUAAAAAUAUAAAACAAAUAUGUCAUUAUACAUAUGUUUUUCCCAUUUUGUUCAUCCAGCUGUUUCCACGUUCAGCCCCUUCCUUCCUUUUUCCAUUUUCAUAGAAUCCUUGACAGCCCUAUCUGAUAAAAAAAAUAAAAAAAUUCUUUCAUUCUGUCUGUUUCACACAGGAGCACUUUUGUCAUUUUAGCAUUUUAGCUCAUAUCGUCUUUUUUAAGUAUUUUAUUUUCUUUAAUCCAGGUAGCGCAUGAUGUAGCACAUGCACGUGCUCACACUGUUUUGGUUUUUUAGCUCCUAUUUAAAUAGCCAGGCUAAAAUGAACUACCUAUAUGAAAACAUUCAAUAUAUAUUUACUCGUAGAAUAUAUUUUAAUUUAUUAUUUUAAUCGCUCAUGAUCUACCAGAACUCCCUUUGCAACUGGCAGAUCACAAUCCACUUAUUGUAGACCCCUGGUCUAGUAGAAGGGUUUAUCUGUAUGUCUCAUUAGUCAAUCAGUAAAAAAAGACCCUGACGAGUUCUAAUUUUGCUUUUAUUGUACAGCUUGACCAGUCCUUCUUGGCAAACAAACAUUGGGGCUGCUGACGUUUCAACAUUUUUAGUUUGAUGACCUGCACAUGAAAUAGUAGACAGUGUAAAGAUGGAUAUGGAACACUCUGGUGCCAUAUCUGUGCCUCCAGGAUGACUAAUGGACUGUCUGUUGUUUGCUUGCUAACAGCUCAACAGCAGGAUGUUCUUGCACCAUCUGCUGGAUCAUUUCUUAACAUCUCAAACAGAUAUGUGUGAUUUUAAACCUGGGGUUUAAAAAUGUGAACCCAGGUCUUAAACAGAUCCUUGAAGGUGUUUUUUAUAGUUCUAUCUAGUGUUCUCCUAAUUGCUGCUGAUGACAGAAUAUGAUCUUCGCACUUUGUUGACUAGAGAAUGUUUUCAAAUGUUCAGUCCGGUGCAAAUAAAAAUGGCAGAAUUAUUCCUCGUCAUUUGCUUCCUUUGCAAGUUUAAUCUGCAGAAAUCAAUAAAGGGAUGCAUGUUGGGGCUGGGAGUCAACAGCAGCAGUGUUUGAUGGGUAAACGGACAACCAAAUGGAUGGUGUGGGGGAGCAUUCAUCUUUCUCUCCUAAAUUGGGCCGCAAGGCUCAGACUAAUUGAUUGAUUGCAUGACUUGCUGAUAUAAUCAAAGCCUGUCCUGAUUUAUGGCAAUAAAUCAAUUGAUUAAUAAAGUUUUGGUAGUUGGUUGGCCUCUGUGUGUGUGUCUACACCAGUGUGUUUGUGUGUGUGUGUGUGUGUGUAGGGGGUGGAGAUCAAACAUCUCCGGGUCUCACAUCCGUCUUGGUGCCGUCAGCAGUGUUGGUUUAGUGUGGUAAUAAGCAAGGCCCAGAUCUCCCUGCUGACAUUUACAAAGAGGCGUCUGGCUUUGACCCGCUCCUUAGAUUAACCUCCACUUGUUCUCAUGAGCACUAGUGAUAUUAAAAGAUGUGCAGCAGCAGCAGCAGCAGGAGAAGCAGGAGAAGCAGGAGAAGCAGCAGCAGGAGCCGGGAGGAAAAAAUGAAGUGUGACUUCUUUCGAUGUACCGUUUGCAUACAUCAUUAGGGGCAACAACAAAAAAUCAAUUGCACAUUCCAGAAUAAAUAAAAACAAAUAUCUUGAGUGGAGUAAUGUGAGGGGCCUCUUGUUGACUCUUUCCAGAUUACAUUUAGCCGACUGUUUAAACACUGAUUUACAGCAAGAUGGAGUUCAUUCCCCCCUGUCUGCCUGCCUGUUCAGAAUAUGAAAUGGAAGUUAAACACUUCUUCAGUCUUCAGUGUUAUGGGGAGCGGGAGGAAGAGAAUAAGGAGGAGGACGAAGGCUGUGGACGUGUGGGCAGUGUAGCAUCAAAUAGAUUGUGUUUCCUCCCGUGUAAACGCCUAAUGUGUGCCGAGCGCUCUGACACAGAUGAAUGUAAGGUAUUUGCUGUAAAGACUUUACGGCCCUUUUGAGAGACAGGGCCAUGAACUAGUAGAGGGGAACCUGCUCCACGCCCCCCUGACCACACGUCCACGCACACAUACACACAGGCACGUAUGUGCGCAUCCUGCACACACACAGACGCGUUUGCAUAAGUGCUUACACAUGCACACAUGUCAGGGCACACAGCCCUCAGAGGAGAGCAGCUACAUCAAACUGGUGGAGCUGGUGCCGACGUCAGGGAUACUUUAUAUUUGGGUCAGAAGUGUUGAUGCUGACGAGGUGAUGAGGAUUAUCACACAGGCAGACCCGCUACACACUACGUGUGUGUCCAGUGUUAAGGCAGAAAACAGUAGCAAUGUGUUCUGACAUGUGCGUGAGCGACCGUCUUUUCAUUUGUAUUAUUUUGGGUUGAAAAAAGGCUAAAAUGUUUUUACAUCUACCAUAAUUAAAUUGAAAGCAACCUCCCUGUGGUCACAAUUAAAUACAAUUAGAACUAAAAAUAAGCUCAAUAUCUAAGAGUCUCAAAACAUGCUUAAAGUUGUUCCAAAUAUAGUUGUACAAACUUAAAAUAACUGCCCUUGGAAUUAUCCAAAUAAUCCUCCAAACAUAUUUUUACAAUACCAAAUUCAUUAAGUUUCCAGGGCCACACCUGCCUGCUGAUCUUAUUUUGAUUUUUGUGUGUUGUUGUUCACCUUUCUCAGAUGCCUGUUUGUACAGGUUUUAUUCCCAACCCUAAAUUUAUUUUUGGUUCAAAUGAGAAAAAAAAACAACAACAAAAAACCAGAGAAAUGGAGAUGAAGGAGGACGGGGGAGGAGGAGGAGAGUAGAGAAAUGUUCCCCAUUUCUCUCAGACAGGUGGCCCUGGUUCAUGUCGCCAGGCCCCCGGGGCCUCGCUUAGUCUGAGUCUAAUCCAGAGGAGGAACCCAUCUCUCAGCACCACACAGGUGGUGUGAACUGCAGUCUUCUCUCCGUACCUGAAAUAUUCAGUGUGUCUUUGAUCUCACAGCAGUCAACAUGGGAAAACGAAGAGAGUAGAAAAAAAAAACCAAGAAAAACAAGAGGAAGAGCAGCUCACCUGAGAGACAACAGAUUGACAUUUCUUAAGAGGGAAUAAACAAUGGUAGGUUAGCUGCGUGGCGUCUCUGCGGCUUGUCGUUUCAGGUAAAAGUGGGCCACCGUCGUCUUGGCUCUGCCUCUGUGGCACCUUCUUCCUCCGCCAAUAUAUGACCUCAAUGAUACAAGCUUCAGAGAAACAAGUGUCGUCCCAGUGCAACGUGCUUUUCUAACUUUGGAAGAAGCACAGAAACCAACAGAGUCCCAAAAGAUCACAUCCAAACUUUUUUUUACUGGGGUACUGGGAUAUGUUCUUGCCCAUUUGGAAAUACCUGAUGACCAACAGUGAUAGUAAUAUUAUAUUUUUAUUUCAAUUAAAUUUGUAUUGAUGUCAUAUGUACAUGCAGUGAGAACUUCUUAUAGUAUAGUAUUGACAGUUAGACUAAAUUUUUUUUAAACAAAAUGUCCCUUAAGAAACAAAAAAAAAACCAAACAAAAAACAGUGAUUAGCUAAAAUGGCUAAAAUCUGUAAAAUGGCAAAUAAGUAGUAAAUUAUUCCUGAGGAAAAAUGGUCAAGUUAAUGGUCCAAAUUGUUCUGUAUUUCUGUAAUUUUCCUGUCAAAACAAACCAAAAAACCAAAACAAAAAACAGGAGCAGCAGUAGUAGUUUUUUCAAAGGAGGGUCUUGCACCUUUAUGUAUCCAUGUGAGUUGAUUAUUUUGGUUCUCAUGGCCUCUCUCGGGUUUCCACCCACCAGUCUGCUAACGAAUCAUAGGACUGUGUAAUUAGUCACCCCGCGUGUACCAGACAAUGACAAUAGACACCCUGAUUGUAACCGAAGAGUUUAAAAGGAGCAGAACAAUGGUCGGCCUUAAUGAUGAUGAAUAAGGUGUUGUAAUUGGCUGUUGUAUGGACCAUUCAGUCAUGGAUCGCAAUUUGAAGUUUUUAAUUGAGGACAUUUGAAGUUGUUCACUGGACUCAACAAAGAUUCAGGAUAGUGUGUGACAAAGAGCAGAUACAAAGAUGUUAUCCUGAUUCAACAUUACAUGGGUUUUAACAAAAACUGUCAAUGAAUAGAAUCAAAGCCUCUGCACUGACACAGUGAUGUUUCACCAGUCUGUCAGCAAGGAACAUGUGUGACCAAGUGUGAAUGCCAGAAUUAGACCCAGAGAAGUGUUGACAGGAAGUCUGUGGUGGACGAGGAAACCAAAACUUUGUUAAUAACAGCUGAGACACCAACCAUCACACCUCUGUGAUGGUUGUGAUGCUCACAGGAUUCUCCCUGCCUUUGUAGGAUUUAGCGUGCUGUUUGAAGACAACCUGAUUGACUGGGGAUUAAUUAUUUUGGAUGAUUAAUCAGACUCACCGGUCCAGAGUUUAGAGUCGUCAAAAUGAAAUAUGAUUUCCCUUGUUGCUAAGACCUCACCAUCUAUUGUAUGUUCAACCAAUAUAGUAUUUCUUGGCACAAACCGCGCAGUAUCACUGCAGGUAAAUGUUCAAAUUAUUUUUUACAAAAAAUGUGCAGCAAAAACAUAUCGUACUGUUGUAAUGUUAGCCCAAAUCAAUGUUUUUUAAAAAAGGAACGGGAAAACACUUUACUGUUAGUCUAAAACAAAAACAUAGGCAGAACUGUAACUGAAAAGAGUGUAAAACCUGAAAAUAUAUAAAUAACUACAUACAUCCACAUAAAAGAGUACAAAUAAAAUUAGCCAAAUGGUUAAGACCUGUGAAAAAUUAGCUAUAGCUAUAACUAACCAAAACAGUAAUCAAAAGUCAGCCAUUUUUCCCGUUGUUGGAAUAAGCAAAUUGGAAAAAUGCAAAUAAUAAUGACAAGAUUUGUGACAGCAGCCCAAAAAAAAAAAUCUCACAUUAAAAAAGUAAAUGUAAAUGUACCUUGAACCACACCCACCUGACCUGAAGGUGGGGCUAAAACAAACAGCUCUUUACAAACAAUGUUAAAGCAGAGUGUGUUGUGGUCCAGGAGCAGUGUGAUGGCGCUGUGACUGGGGCUGACUGUAGUAGAAAUGAGGCAGAUUAAAUUUGAAGGAGCAUUAGUUGGGGGUAGACAGAUGAAGGGAGAUUCCAGGUGACAGCAGCUCCUCCCUGCUCCAUGUCAGAGGAGCUGAGCUUUCAUCACCGUGUUUGAGCUCCUGGUCAUGUAGGUCAAAGACGCCUCCUAGCAGACUUGCUUAUUACUGGAUGGUGCUUGAACACACACACACACCUUAUAUGGUCUUUUCAUAUGGACGAAUGCCAACAUUUGCUGUUCCCGCUCCACUCCAUCCUCCUACUGGCUGUCUGUCUGAGUGGGCGGGUGGGGUUCCAGUAAUAAUGUUGAGGCCAGACUAGACUGCAGUGACUGGGGCCAUUGAUUGUGGCGAUUUGAUUUAUUGAUCAGUCCCCCACUCUCAAAUGUGGUGUCUGAGAUGCAGGGGCUAACCUGAGGUAGCUGUGGACAAACCUGUGCCUCACAGAGAAAGGGGAGGCGAUAAGGAAACGUAUGAAAGGAAACUACACUUAUCUUAAUCACACGUGGACCUGCUCUGCCUCACUGCAGCCCCAGUGUGUUCAGAGAGUGCACACAUGUAUAUAUAUUUGUGUGUAUUCAUGUGUGCCCGGCUACUCUUUGUGCAAGUUACGUGAAAGUGUGUGUGUGUGUGUGUAUUUUGCGUCGGUGUGCAAAUGCGGUGGGGGUUGUGAGGCAGCACAGUCACCAGGCAGAACAGAGUGGAUCUAUAAAUUGAUGGAAUUCAAAGCCUCCAGCAUCGAUUACCAUUAUAACAAACAGCAGCACACAGAAUGUCUGAUUAUUUUUAGACAAAGAUUCUGUGCUCUCAGCAGCAAUUCUGCUGAUGCUGUCACACUUUCAGACAUCUGCCUAUGAUUGCAAUUAGAUGGGAUACAAAAAGAAAAAUAAUACCCCAUCUGCAUUUUUCCCCUUUUUCCUCCUCCUACUCCCUUUUUGUUCCUCUUUAAUUUGUGCUGUCCAACCCCAGCACACAUACACACUCACCGGUUGUCAACAUUUUCUACCCUGGGUUGUCUUUGUGAAAGGCUAGAAAAUAGCUUACCACUACAGAUGUAAUCAAGAUGAGCUCGCUUUAAUGAAUCAAUGUCAUAUGUACUCCAGCACAAUGCAUUAGCCGUCCACGUAUGCACAGGUUGUUCUAGUACGUUUUUCUGCUUUUUUUUUGUGCUUUGCAAGAUAAGAUUUUUUUUAUCGAUAAUUUACGUUCAUGCAUGUCCACAAGUUUUAUUGAAACAUCUGAUAGUUGAGGUUGCACUGCAGCCUGUGAGUUUUGCAUUCAGUUGAAAUACACGUCAAGUGUGGAGUAAAGGUAUAAAUACAGGGGUUAGUACUAUGUAUGAGGAAAUGACAUGGUGGUUUGGUUCCCAACUUUAACAGAGUGAAAUUGAAAGUGAAUUGAAACGAAUUGAAAUACUAUUGAGAACAUAAUAACAUGUAUAACUGUCUAUAUAUGAGUUGCUGCCACCUAGCAAACCUUUGGUCUUUAAAUAGAGUCAAUAAAUGAUUGUCAUGUGGAUCACGUGACUACUGUACAACCCUUGAUUGAGUUCAUCCUGGGUCACUCUGUCUCUGAAGUGUAGACCUACGUUGGUAAAACCAACUACUUGUGAGACGUGUUUUUUUUUCUGCCCCGUUCAACAGUUCUUUCAGCGUCGAGUCCAUUUACUGACUGCCAAUAGGCUACAGGUCUAUCCUGUUAAAGCCAAUAAGCUUCUUGUUUCUUGGUCUUUGUUUUUGAGUCAGAAGUCCCUGAGAUUGCUUUUUCCCUUCACAGAUUGAAUCCUAGCUCACCAGCACUGGUUCCACACUUUGAAAUCCCUUUUUCCUGUCCCUCCAGCCCCAGCGACAGCUUCACCCUCCCCUGGGGAAACUCAUCAAUUAUGGCUGGAUGUUUGACUGGCAGAGGCUUAAUGACAGGAGCCCUGUAUUGACACGACUGCCACACACUGAAAAUGUGGUCCCAAUCGACCUUUUUAAAACCUGUCAAAUUAUUACAGGAGCUCCUUUUUAAACCGCACGCUGAACUUGUCUUUUGCAUUUGUAAGUGUUUCAGACAGAAACAGAAGCAACAUGUUCAUGCAAAUAAAUCCUGUGAAGGAUGGAAAUCAGCAUAAUGGGAAGUGAGUGUUUAUCAGGGGAUCAUCAGGCUCCUCUGUUGGACAGUUUGAUAUGGAUCAAAUCUGAUUAGGAGGCAGAGGAGAAAAAGAAACUCCUCCAGUAUUUUUUUUCUCUCCUGGUAGCUUUGCCAAACACUACGUUGUCAAGUUCCUCCCAUCAUCCAUCUGAGAAAGACGCCCAAAGUAGCAGACACUCUGUUCUGCUUCACUUCCCUAAAGAAAGGCACAGUAGUUCUCAUUUGAUGCCCUGUUGCCCAGGCCUUCCUCCCGUAUAACACUGUAGGAGAGAUGGAAGCGUUUUCAAAAAUAACUGUACCAUUAUGACUGCACUGCCUGACUCUCAUAAAGCACCAGCAUUCAACACUCUCAUCAGCUACAAUGAAAAGUGAGUCAGACUCCAUGCCGAGGCCGCUGAAGCAGAGGCGAACUUGAAUCACGACACUGUUAUAUCUUAAGUACUUCUAAAAUCCACUCAGUCACUUCUGGAGGAAACUUCUCUUGGCAAGAUUAGCCAGAGCCGGGGUCAUUUCAAUCCAGCGGAGGUUGGCUGUCUUCUGAGCUUUUAUUCUAAUCUCUAGAAAGACUCGUUCAAGAUAGAUUGCACAGGCUAACAAGAAUUCCUAAAGUAUUGUCACACUUUUGCUAGAAAUGUCACGUAUUGGUCUAACAACCUCUGGAAUAUUACACUAUUAACCAGAUAUAUAGUCUGAGCCUGUGAAUAAUCAUAUAUAAUAUAUAUUUAACAUAGAGAAAUAUAGAAAUACCUAGCUUCCACCCAGUGUCUAGAUUGAGACACAAUCGAGGCUAAGUUUAAAAAAAAAGAAUUGCAGUAAAAUUUUGAGUGCCAGAAUUUGAUCGAAAAAGUUAAACACAAAAUUCAUCACAGCCCUCUUCCUGUUGAGUUCUGAAGGUGGGAUGUUCUGUUUGUGUUCUGUCUCCCAACCAAAUCCGCCGCUCCAAUGACUAAUGGUUUUCCCAGGGCUGUCUUUUGAGGUCAAUGCCAAACCAUUCAAGGACUAAAAGAACUUUGGCAAAGUUUUACGAGCUUUACUGCAUGUUCAUGCCCCACACUGAUUUAGACUAAAUAAAAAAUGUCCUUGACUCCUUAAUGUGCUGUUUCUCCUUAAAUCACCCAUGUACUUUUGAAUGACAAUGACAAAAAAAAAACAACCCUGUUUUAUUUAAAAAAUGUUUUCUUCCUCUCGACCUGUUUGAAUUAAUUAUUGCUGGUAAAACAAUGAUUACUGGGCAAACCCAUCAUCAAACAGCUAAACUAAGUCCAGUCAGGUUCACAGCUGAGGCUCAAAGUGUAAUGUUUAAGUGCUGCAUCAUAGUGUAUAGCUUUGCAUUUUUUUUAACAUUUUCAACAUAAACCAGACUGUCUUAAGCCUCUUCAUGACUUGUCAGUCCAUGGACUUAAACCAGAGACCCUUCAAUUAACCCGCAGCGUCUGACCCGACACUCUGCCAACAUCUCCUGAGGCCCCUGCUGCUCAAGUUUUACCCCAUCUAUUUUCUUUUCUUUUUCUUUGCGUGAUGAUUUAUUAAAUUGCCUUAAAGUGAGAGUGAGGAUUAAUUAAAACAUAGUCAAUUUAAUUUUCCUGCCGUCAUAUAUAAAUUCACAGAGGUAAUUGAAUCCCCCGCCCUUUUCCCCCACUUUUAUAAUAAUCUAACCCAGCCGUUAGGAAAAGGAGAUUUUUAUCGAAUGCCGGUCUGAGUCAAAGGAAGAGGAGGUGUGAUGUACACUUGUCUGUUAGAGCAACACAGCACACUUUAAAUCUGCUUUUAUUUCUUUUUUUUUUCUUUUUUUCCUCUCCUGCUUCUUCCUGUUUGCUGAAAGAGCCGGGAAUUGGAUGACGGAUCGAUAAUAUUGGAUUUGUGGAUGGCAUGUGGUGCAGCUGAGUCCAGCAUGAAUAAGGAGCUAAAUUCUGUAGCAUCUGAGCUGGCGGGUCGACAAGAGGAGAGUGAACAUUCCCACAAGCACCUGGUGGAGCUGAGCAGGGAGUUCAAGAGAAAUGUCCCUGAGGAGGUUCGGGAGAUGGUGGCACCUGUGCUUAAGAGUUUCCAAGCUCAGGUGGUUGCACUGAACAAGCGCAGUAAGGAGGCAGAGUCGGCCUUUCUUGGAAUCUACAAACAGCUUAUCGAGGCCCCAGACCCAGCUCCUGUGCUGGAGGCCUCCCACACCCUGGAGGAAAGGCUGCAGCAUCUUCACAGUUCAGCCCCAGAAGGUGAGGCCCUGGUACGAGAGAUCAGCAGGCACUGGAAGAAACACCUGGAGUGCCUUGAAAAGACAGAGCCCACUGAGGAGGGCCCAUCAGUGACCAGUAAAGACCCACGUUCCAGUUCUCCAGCCUCUGUAAUGACACCCAACAGUACACCAACUCCUGGGGGCCCGGGAUCCCCACAACCCAACUACCAGGAGCAAGCAGAGAACCGAGGGGAGGAGGAGGAGAAGGGGGAGGGCACUGAUGUGUGUUUGGACAGACUAUCAGAGGCCGAGGAGAAGGUCAAGUUCCUUCAUACCUCUUUGAACACUGCACAGACUGAGCUGCUGGACCUGCGAUGUAAAUACAACCAGGAGAUGACCAAUAAGGAGACAGAGAUUGACACCAUUAUGGCGAGUCUGGAGAAAGCCAACCAGAGAGCAGAACUGGCUCAGAAGGAGGUGGAGAGGCUAAAGGAGCAGUUAGCCAAUGGUCAGAAUGCCGCCACAGGCAACUCUCAUCCAGCAGAGGGCACCAGCAGGGAGAAGAAGGAGAAGGGUGAGGUGUUGCCCUCACAGUUGGAGGCCGCCCUGCUGGCCAAGGACCGUGAAAUCCUCCGUCUUCUAGAAAACAUUCAGCGGCUGCAGUUCACACUGCAGGAGGUCCAGGAGACAUCGUCCAAUCAAAUCCUGGAGCUGGAGCGCCAGUUGGCGUACAAGAUCGCAGCGAUCGAGAGAUUAGAGGCUAAACUGCAAUCCCAGAUUGACUAUGAAGAGAUUAAAACUGAGCUCAGUACCCUUAAAGUAAUGAAGAUGGCUUCAGCUAAUGGAGGCUCAUCACAGGAGUCUGCCAAGGCUACAGAGACUCUCCUCCUGGAUAAAGAGCCCUUUCUCCCGUCUCACAAAUAUCUGGUGGAUAAGUCUCGACUUUUGCACAGCACUGACGACGACCAGUCUGAUGAUGCAGGAAGGGAGACUGGCAGACCACUCGGAUCCCACUCGUCUUUCUCUCAGGUGGAUGUCCGGGCAUCACCCAGCCCAGGACCACCCACUCUGGAUGGUUCGUCCUCCUCCAGCCAUGACUUGGCUCGUCCAUUCUCGGUGUCUCCGUGCUCCAUGGAACGACAGUCAGCAGAUCACGUCCUUCACAAGCAGCUUCUUUCCCCACACUUUAAAAAAGAAAGCCUUAUGGCUUUUCCUACAGCCCUGUAUGCAGCUAAAGUGGCUCUGAUGUCAACCACUCAUAGUUCUGUGGGAGCAGGCAGUGGUGACACCGGUUUACCCAGUGACCAGUCAGAGAGUGGCAGCUCCACAGCUGGAGACGAGGACCAGCUCGACACAGCAGAGAUCGCCUUUCAGGUGAAGGAGCAGCUGCUGAAACAUAACAUUGGCCAGCGUGUGUUUGGUCACUAUGUGCUGGGCCUGUCACAGGGAUCAGUCAGUGAGAUCUUAGCCAGACCAAAACCCUGGAGGAAGCUGACGGUAAAAGGAAAAGAGCCUUUUAUCAAAAUGAAGCAGUUCCUCUCUGACGAGCAGAACAUUCUGGCCCUUAGGACCAUCCAGGUCCGACAGAGAGGGAGCAUCACUCCACGCAUCCGAACUCCUGAAACUGGGUCAGACGAUGCCAUCAGGAAUAUCCUGGAGCAGGCCAAGAAGGAGAUCCAGUCCCAGAGAGGAGGUGAUGGCAAGUUGUCUCUGAGCAGCUCUUCAGGCAGAAGCAGUAAUGGAGCUGGGGGCAGCUCAGAUGAAACCAUAAAGAACAUUCUAGAACAGGCCAGGAGGGAGAUGGAGGCCCAGCAGCACGCCCUGAUGGAGAUGGAAGCUUGUGGAAGAGCUUCCGCUGCCAGCUCAGGAGCGCAAGUGGAACGUCUCGGGCCUCCAGAGCGCACCAGGGGCCUGCCUUUACCCAUCUCUAUCAAGCAGGAGGAAGGGGGCUGUGUCACUGUGUGCAUGGCCAACUCCAUCAGCAGCCCUCAGACUCCACUCAGUGUGCUGUCACCUGCAGCCUUUGUCCAGAACAUCAUUCGUAAAGUCAAGUCAGAGAUCGGUGAAGCUGGCACCUACUUUGAUCAGCACUGGUCACAGGAGCGGGGCUCCAUGGCCUUCAGUGCUGGAGGUAGUUCUCAUCCCUUCACUUCUGUCUCCCCAUCCUUGUCCUCCUCCUCUUCUGGGCCUCCUACUUUGUCACGGCCGUGGCCUCGUCUGGAGAACGGUGAGUGUCUCCCCAACAGUGAAGAGGCCUCUGCAGCAGAUGAUGAACUGGGCCUCAGCAGACCGGUGGAGGUGAAGGUGGAGUCAGACACUUCAGUAAGCGGCGAGUCUCCGGGUCCUGGUCCAGGACGUCUGUCCUACUACCCGGCAUACAUCCCACGUGCCCUUAAACCUACUGUACCACCACUGACCCCAGAACAGUAUGAGAUGUACAUGUACAGAGAGGUGGACACCAUUGAGCUGACCCGGCAGGUGAAGGAGAAGCUGGCCAAAAAUGGCAUCUGCCAAAGGAUCUUUGGAGAAAAGGUCCUGGGUCUUUCUCAGGGCAGUGUAAGCGACAUGUUAUCUCGGCCCAAACCUUGGAGCAAACUGACCCAAAAAGGCAGGGAGCCCUUCAUUCGCAUGCAGCUGUGGUUACUGGACCAGCUGGGCCAGAGCCUCAACCCACCCCCGAGUCAGGGCCAUGCUCAGGUAGACAAAAGCCCAGUGACGGCCCAUUCUUCACCCUCUCCGCCACCUAGUCCAGCAGACAGUCAUCCAAGUCCUCUGGUCGAACCUGUGGGUCUGUCCCUGGAGAGCAGCAAAGAGAACCAGCAGCCUGAGAGCCUGGGCCUGGGUCGGGGUCUGCACUCUCACCCAGACGGAGGAGGAAAAUCCAUCCCUGCACUCAUGGCUUUAUAUCAGCCGAGAAACCCGCUGGGCAUCCAGGAGCUGGUGGCCAUGUCUCCAGAGCUGGACACUUAUGCCAUCACCAAGAAGGUGAAGGAGGUGCUAACAGACAACAACCUAGGUCAGAGACUUUUCGGGGAAACCAUCCUGGGUCUGACACAAGGUUCUGUAUCAGACCUGCUCUCUAGACCCAAACCCUGGCACAAGCUCAGCCUAAAAGGCAGAGAACCAUUUGUACGUAUGCAGAUGUGGCUCAGUGAUUCUUACAAUGUAGACAAGCUCAGAGUCAUGAAGAAGAUGGAGAAGAAAGAUAUUACUGUCUUCCCUCCAGCCUAUCUGAAGAGGCGAUACGGGCUGCUCAGCACCAGCUCGGACAGUGACUCACCCAGCACUCGAUCUGAGUGUGUGAGUCCGAACUUGGUCUCUAUCGACCUGUGUCCGUACGGCCAGGUGAAAAAGCCCAGGGUGGUGCUGGGAGCAGAGGAAAAGGAAGCACUGAGAAAGGCCUACCUGCUGGAGCCCUACCCUUCACAGAACACCAUCGAGAUGCUGGCCUCCCAACUCAACCUCAAAACCAAUACGGUCAUCAACUGGUUCCACAACUACAGGUCCAGGAUGCGACGCGAGGUGCUGAUGGGAGGUCUGCCGGACAAUGACACAGACGCUGAGCACCACAGCUACCUGCCAUCAGUGACACGGAGCCCAAACUCUGACGGAGAGGACAGGAAGCUGCAGAAGCUCUCAGGACACAACACUGUGCUGCCUCAUGUCAAACAGGAGGCAAUGGACGGGGAAGAAGGAGAGCACGAGGAGGAGGGGGAGGAGGACUCUGAGAGAGAACCAAAAGUUCAGUGUUUUUCUUUGGCAGUUCAAUACCCACCGCUGAAAAGUGAACACCAGGACUCCGACUCUGGCUGCCGUGAACCUCACUUGAUUGGCCAGAGGCACGAGGAGGAAUCGACCAGCCAAGCUCAAGGGUUCCACUCUGGCUCAGAUUCCACUGAGGGAACCCAGAGAGGCAGCCACUCCAGGCCUGAGGGUGAAGACUCUGGGAAGUCCCCCAUUGACCCAGUCAGCUUCAAGUCCUCAUCAGAGCCCUGUCGCAGCAGCCUGGAGGUCUCCCUGAAUUCCCCCUCUGCAGCUUCCUCACCUGGCCUCAUGAUGUCAGUCUCCCCCGUCCCUUCUUCCUCUGCUCCCAUAUCACCCUCACUGCCCAACACACCCUCAACCAGCACCAACCACAGCCUUGACCCCAACCACAUCCCUCCCUUCCAAAGCCCCAAAGUCAACAGAAGCACUCAGAGACGCAAUGAGAAAAUGGCCAACCUCAAUAACAUCAUCCACAGGCUAGAGAGAGCUGCCAAUCGAGAGGAAACACUGGAAUGGGAGUUUUAGGUCCCUUGUCUCCCCAUGUAUGUAGUAUGUUGACAUUCACAUAGGUGGAGACUCAGAUAAAAUCUUCUCCAAGACUGUAUGGAGCCCAGCUCCCAAAAUCCCUGUCCUCUCAGACUGGCAACUGUCACAGGAAACAGGAAUGUGGAGCUAAACUCCCUGCAAAAACUAAAAAAAAAAAAAGAAGGCGGGGGAUAAAUUGUUUAUAAAUGUGUUUUUCUUUUUGAUAAUGCAUACUACUUUGAAAUAUGUAUAUGUGACAGCCGUAGCUGUUGUUUUACCUUUUGGACUUGACAUGAAGACUUUUGCAGCAGCUAUGGUGUCAUUAAAUGUACACUGAAGUUCUGUAGAUUUGCCACUGGGUGAGAUUAAAAAAGACCCCUGUCUUAAGCCAUUAAAAGCACUACAACUAUUUAAAAAAAAGAGACACUGACCAAAUUUGCUACUUUUUGAAUAGCAAUUUUUCAGAUUUUGUCUGUGAGACUGGACAGUGUAGGUCAAGUAACAUGAAGUCCUGUUACUGACAGAGGGAUAGUCCUUUAAGACUCUAAAUACUCAACACCUUGUAUGUACUUUCUUGCUUUCUUGGUGAUAUGUUUUAAAAAAUCUUUGUAACUCACACGUAUAAAAUGUGGUUGUAUAUGUUGUAGAGUUGUCUGCAAUAGCCUUCUCUGAACCUGAUGUAGCAUGGUACUCACCUGACCCUCUUAUCCUCUGUAGUUAGUCAUCUGUGAUUAUACUCGAGUGAAAACAAGAGAAAAAAGAUGAAAACCCUGCAAAAAUAAGAAAAAAAGUAAACAUAACCCUAACCAGUAGAGUACUUUUAGUGUUUUCGUUUUGUUCGCGUUUUUGAGAUUAACCCUUAAGGUUUACAGUUUAGGGCCUCGUGCUUUUUCAGUGGCACAGUUUACACAGUUAAUUUCAGACUUACCUCUCAGUCUCUAUUAAGGCACUGGAUCUCCGACUGUAUUGGGCCAUGACACCAGACACCUGGUUUACCUCAGAUUAUGUUGAGGCACAUCAUGACAUCAUGACACAUUCAACAUCAACAUGAGCCAUGCUUCUUUUAAUCAUUUAAGGGGAGGGUAUUGGUAUCACGCUCCAGAAUAUUACUGAUAAAAUUAGUCCCAACGAGCACAAGUUGUCACAGAGAAUAAGCUGCUUUUUAUUGGGGCGUGGAUGCUCCUUUGCCUCCUCCUCUCUUGACUGACUGAGUGUACUUUCUCAGGAGGCAUCUUCUACUACAGCUACAAUAUCAUGCACUUGAUCAAAGCCACUCAACCUCUAUGUGUACAGACAUGCUGUGAAGUGAAGAAACAUAGAGAGAAUUGGUGCUGCAGGCAGCACUGAACAGACCUGGGUACCUUCAUGCAGAUGUUUGGACCCGAUGCCCAUGACCUCUUCCCCGGUGGACUGCCCUGUGGUCCUCAGAUCCAAUGCUUGUUGAGAUAAGGAUGAGGUGGAAAGAUGGAUUUGUUCUAUGAUUAUUGUUCACAAAUUUAGUCUGUGCUUUAAAAAAUAGCUGGUCUGAAAAAUAUGGAAACAAGAAUUAUCUGAUGGACCUGGUCAUGCAGACAGGACAUUGGUUAUUUUUGUCAGAACUGCUAUACGAACAUCAAUUCCAGAUUAAACAAAAAACUGGUUUAAUUUAUAACAGUGAAUGUAAAACUAGGAAGUUAAAAAAGAAGGGAAAAAAAGAUACAAUUAAGAACCUAAUUGAUAAAGUCAGUAUAGUCUGCAUGGUCCAUUUCCUUUUGGCCAGUCAGGACUUUAUUAACAUUCAUUCAACUUCAUCGCUUAACACUAUGUUGAUGUAGUGAACUCAAAUGCCACUAGAUGACAGUAAAUGCAACAUCACCGUUGCCACACUGCGUUCGUUCCACCGACUGUCACGUCUGCACUGAUAGUUGUGUAUAUUCAACUACCUUCUAGGAGGUUUAAAUAAAGACAUGACAGCCACAUGGAAAAUGUAAAUGACCUUUACUAAUUAAAAUAAAUAUAAUUUCCAGUGUUUUAGAUUUGGAGAAACUUUGGCCCUUUAUGGACAUUGAGGAAGAUGUUAUUUUUUCAGUCACGGUGUUACAUGACAAAAAUACUCAUUUUUGAAAUAAAAUUUAAAAAGAAAAAAUAACACUAUUAUACUCCACAAGACAUUUUACUCAUAAUGUUUUCUACACAAGGCUCCUAAAUUUAAUGUACCUAGAGAAAAUGACUGUCUGUGAGUGAUGUUUGGGGUUAGUGCCCCUGGAUUAGGUCAUCCAUAUUAUUCAAUUUUGGGGAAAGAUUAGAUCAUUUUUUUUCUGACAUAUUCAGGACCAAAACUUUUUUUAAAAGAUUUUUAAAUAGCAGUCAUGUUGGUGUGCAGGUCUUGUAAAGGUUUUCUGGAAACAUCUGUGCUGAGAUUGAAACUCCAAGUUCAUAGUAUUAGAGAGCAUGAUACACACAGUACCACCUCCCACUACCAUGGAAACACUUGGUCUGUUGGUAUACACUAUAUUGAAGGUCACACAAAGGUCACAGGUCUCCUCUCAUAUUAUCUUUAACCACUUGUGUAUCGUGUCUGUAGUUUCUUUGUCAUGCCUGCAAAAAAUUUCUUCUUUCUGUAUUUUUGCCUCUAUUUUAUACUCAGUUAACUAGAUAUUCAAUACCUCGCGUAUGAAUUACUUACAGCACUUAGAUUGAAGAAUUGUGAGGACUCGAGAAAAAUUUGCUAAUAUCCACAUUAUCCUAACUUAGUGUCCACAAGUCUUUGCCUUUACUGUAUCGUUGAAGUUGGUAGUAAACACUUGCACAUGUCUACAUAGUUCAGAGGACUUGGAUUGUAUUAUGUAGAGAUAUAUAUUAACACAUUUACAAAAACAAAAACAAAAAAACGCUAUCUUACCUACUUGGAACAAAAAUGAUCUGAUUAUAUUGAAAUAGAGUGUACAGAUUUAAUAAACCAAACUCAUUCAGAGCCAGUGGUGGUCUGGCAGGCUUGCCCACAUUUUAGACCUUCUCUCAGGGUAGUCUUGCUUUUUAAAGGUUAAGUCGAACACCUGCUCUCAUCAGUGAUUCCGACUCUCUGCUUAAACAUUACCUGGUGUAGGGGACAGCUUCAUUGUUUAUUAAACAGGCCUGUGAUCGGUGAAGGUUAUAUGAGAAUAAAAGCUCUCACAGGAGGCUAAGGUUUGUCAGGAGUUUGUCGCUGUUAGUAAUUCAUUAAGUCACAGAAAAAGCUACACUGGGAAGAUUUUGACGGGUUGCAUUUUAUAUUUCAGGGGACUUUGCUCUCUCAAGUUAAUGUUCUUUUUUUCUAUGAGCCACAGAACUUUGUUUUCUUGUUUUCUUCCUUUUUUGUACCAUGAUUGUUGUGCAUACUGUGUGAUUAGAAGUGGAUGUUUUUUUUACUGGCUUUUCGCCAUAUUUCAUGGUAAAUUGAAACAUUCUGGACAAUAACUCUCCAUGUGAUGCUUAUUUCAUCUCAUUGCUCUGCAUGAAAAAUUCACUCUUGCCACAGGGAACAGGGAUAGACUAUGGAUUGAAGUAGCACUUGUUUUAUUUCAUUUAAGUAAUGACCAUGCAUGAUCAAGCUUAUGAACGUGACCCUUACUGAGCCAUUAAGAAUUCAUUGCAAUGUAUCCAAAACAACCAAAUUAGAGGAAUAAUUAUUUUCCACGCAUUAUGCUGUUGUCCGAGGUUGUGGACUCUGUCGGUAGGAAAAACUUUUGGUCCAACUUCAGCUAACAUUUUGCAAAUACAUCACAGUUGUUCCAAACUAAAGGAGCAGAUUAUUACUGUAGAUGAUGCAUUUGCCUCAUAAACUGCUCAAAAUAUCAUAACAAAUGUUAUACAAAUUCAACAUGGCAAUGAUGUCUGAUUAAAUAUGACAAAUUUUCAGUGGUGCAUGGGUUACUUCAUUAGCAGAAAACAAUUUCAUGCAGCAACCAUUUUCUGGCCUGUUAUCCUGCAACUUUACAGCUAGGAACCCUGGAUCAACAAUUCUUCAUUGAAGUUAUAAUAAAUCUUGCAUUGAUUGAGGUUUAAAAGAAACUGCACACCUAUUGAACAAGGCAAAUGUAUUGGUCUAAGUGGUCUGCAAGGGUACUUUAAGCUUUGCAGGCAAAUGGUGUUGUAUGAUGAAAAUAGUAUUUAUAUUCUGAUGGAUAUCUCAAAGAAUACUACUAUAUGUUGAAAAUGGCUUGUUUUCUUCUUUACCAUCACUUCAUACAAAUUUAAAGUUAAUAUUAUUUUUUGCCUCAUGGACUGUCCUCACAUAAACAAAAUGCCUUUUGGUAAUGUGAUUUUAGAGGGUGUAGUGUAAGGAUUUCCAUCAAUUAACUUAGAAAAAAGCAAAGCUUUUUCUAACCAGAGCCCUACAUGCUAGAUACUGGGUUUUAUUUUGUGAUUGACAUUUGUCACUAAAUAAAGAGGUAAUCUGUCAACGAAAUUGGAAUGACUGUAUUCAAAGUUGUGGAUAAAUGGGAUUUUUUUUUAAGAUUUAGGGUAUAUCAAACAGGAUAAAAAUGUUUCCUGCUGUGAGCUAAUAAAGAGAAUGGUCCCACAGGCUUUGGCAGAUGUUAGAUAAAAAGACUCAAAUGGUGACAGUAAGUAAAGAAUGAAAUAAUACUAUGAUGAGUUUCUUGGAACUGAAUUUGCAUAUGUAAGCCAUUAUUCAAUACAUAAUUGUUUAAGA